AUGGCGGCGGCGAACCGAUUACGCACACUCCAAUCUCAGCCGGAGAACAAGGUGUGUGUCGACUGCUCCCAGAAGAAUCCGCAAUGGGCAUCGGUUUCCUACGGCAUCUUCAUGUGCUUGGAGUGCUCCGGCAAGCACCGCGGCUUAGGCGUUCACAUCUCCUUCGUCCGAUCCGUCACCAUGGAUUCGUGGUCCGAGAUCCAGAUCAAGAAAAUGGACGCCGGCGGCAACGAGCGCCUCAACAAAUUCUUCGCGCAGUACGGAAUCCGCAAGGAGACCGACAUCGUCGCAAAGUACAAUUCCAACGCCGCGUCGGUGUAUCGCGAUCGGAUCCAGGCUUUGGCCGAGGGACGGCAGUGGAGGGAUCCGCCGGUUGUCAAGGAAUCGAUCGGCGGUGGGAUGAAUAAGAAGCCUCCGUUGUCUCAGGGCAACGGAAACAAUGGCGGAUGGGAUAAUUGGGACACGGAUGAUUCAUUCAGAUCUUCACCGGAUAUGAGGCGGAAUCAAUCGGCGACUGAUUUCAGGUCCUCGGGAGCUCGUGGCGCACCGGCGAAGUCGAAAUCGUCUGAGGAUAUCUACUCGAGGUCUCAGCUGGAGGCUUCCGCUGUGAACAAGGAGAGUUUCUUCGCCAAGAGGAUGGCUGAGAAUGAGUCUAAGCCUGAAGGUCUUCCUCCUUCGCAAGGCGGCAAGUAUGUGGGGUUCGGAUCAAGCUCUGGCCCAGCUCCGAGAAGCAAUCAACAGGGUGGUGGUGGUGGUGGUGAUGUUUUCUCCGUCAUGUCUGAGGGUUUCGGAAGAUUGUCUCUUGUUGCUGCAUCUGCUGCGAAUGUUGUUCAAUCAGGAACCAUGGAGUUCACUUCCAAGGUGAAAGAAGGUGGCUUAGAUCACACGGUGAGCGAGACUGUUAACGUUGUUGCGAAUAAGACGACAGAGAUAGGACAGAGGACAUGGGGGAUCAUGAAAGGAGUAAUGGCGAUUGCGUCACAAAAGGUUGAAGAGUUCACUAAAGAAGAAACAGCAACCUGGAAUCAACAGCAGAGUAGAAACGAAGGCAACGGUUACUACCAGAACAAACCAGCAAAUUCAUCUUUUGGAGGGUCACAGUCAUCAUCAAGUGGUCACAACAACAAUAACAGUUAUCGUAACUCGAAUUCUUGGGAUGACUGGGGAGAAGAGAAGAACGAUAACAAGAAGCAAGCAGCACCAAAGGUGUCGUCGACUUCUAAUGAUGAUGAUGAUGACGGUUGGGCUGGUUGGGAUGAUAACGAUGGUAAAGAUGACGAUGGUUAUUAUAGCGCCGGCGAUAAGAAAUCUGUAGGUCACAAUGGGAAGUCAGACACUGCUUGGACCGGUGGAGGUUUUAAUUAG